CAAUUCGCGAGAACUUUCUGUCAGUGCUGUGCGUAUUGUCAAAUUUUGGUUAAACGAAAACAACAAUUUCUUCACUCUGCGUCUCUUCGUUUUAGCAAAAAAGUUCUCGGUGUUCAUGUUGAAUUGGGUUAUCUAAAUGGAUGUCGACUUUUAAGCGAUCUGUUGUUGAACCAGUUCAAAUGUGUGGCAGAUAAGCGAGACAAUAAUCAACCAUGAGUGCGACCAAUGAGAAGCAAGAUAAGCAGCAGAAGGGCGACAAAACACAGGACAUCUUUCCGCUGAACAUUAAGAUCAAGCAGGAGAAGACGACCAGCUACGAGGAUUCGAGCAAAUCGGAAACAGUAGACAAGCUCUCGAUCGACGUUAAUCUAAAGAACAUUUUCUCCACUACCAUUACAAGUAGCAGCAGUAACAGCAACAGCAACACCGCCGAGAAGGGAUCGGACAAUGUUGAUGUGAAGCCCGCACUUGAACCGCUCAAAUCGUCGAACGAGAUUCUUACCGAGCUGUUCCGGGUGUUUAAUGCAGCACCGCCGGAAAUCAUCGAAGACGACUCCAACGAUGCUGUGGAGCAGGAGAAGAAGAAGAAAAAGCACAAGCACAAGAAGAAGAGCAAGAAGAAAAAGGGUAGUGAAAGCGAAGGCGGAGGGACCGAUGAGGAACCGAUUGUUCCCGAGUCGGUGGUGGUGGACGAUGGAGAGAAGCGGGUGAAAAGGAAGAAAAUCAAAAAGGAAAAGGAUCGCGACCGGAAGCACAAACGAAGUAAACUUCGGACGUCGGGCGAGACGUUGCUUGUGACGGUGAAGCAGGAACCGGUGGAUGAUACGGACAGGCCGGCCAAACCGCUCGUCGAAGCGAAGUGGAAGGAAGAAAAGAAGACCAAGGCCGAGAAGCCUGAGGAAACGAAACCUCCGCUGAAGGGCAAAAUACAGAUCAAGAGUUUGAAGGAUAGCGCCAUAUUUAGAGAGAUAGCGACUAGCUCAGCUCAGCCGGCAGUAGAACGCCACCAGCAUGAGCGGCAUCGUGACCAUGAGCGGGAUAAACCUUCGCAUAAAUCGUCCAGGAGUGAGCUGCGUAAGCGCAAGACUUCCGAGACCGACUUUUCGCUAUCGGAGGAUGAGGAAAAUCGGAAAGGAGGUCGUUAUUACGACUUCUAUCAAAAGAAGUACAAUUCCUUCUACGCCGGGUUCGAAGAGGAAGACGACCGGAAAAAGCACGAUCGAAAGCGCCACCGAUACAGCGAGGAUCGUGUUCGAAGGCACCGGUCGAAUACGUUUUCAAAAUCACGCUCUCGGUCUCGUUCGCGUUCUCGGUCCCGAUCCCGAUCCCGGUCAAAGGAACAGAUCGACAAGCAGAAGCUGCUGGAAAUUGCGCGCAAAAAUGCCAUCAGCAUGCUAAAGAAGGGCACGCUACCCGGUGCGCAAAACCUUGACGGGGAGUCGAAAGCCAAACUUAUCUCCAAAAUGCACGCCAGCGGAAAGACCAUCGAGGAGCUGACCGCUUUCUGCAAGAAAAUUUCCCACAAGGACAAUGCCAACGAUCUGUCCAGCGUGUCGUCGGACGAGAGCGAUCACGAUGCAGACGGUGCUAGCAAAGCCUUCCAUCAUCCGUUUCAGCUCAAGGAGGCAGCACCGAUUGUGAUGAACAUUCGCAACGCGACUACCAUCCAGCCGAAAUCAGCCGAAGAGAAAAAGGCACUGCUGAUGCAGUUCCCCGUAUCGUCCGGGGUGCAUCAUCGCAGCACGGAAACGGAAUGGGUUCCGGUCGAGCCGAAAAAGACGGUGCCAACGACAAAACCGGGCACCGAAACGGGAGGUUCGGGCAGUGGGACAUUCUUUGGGAAUAAGUCGAAGUUGAAAACGAUCCUGCCACCAUCAUCCACGUUUGUGCCACAGCAAAGCAAAGAAUUCCCAGCACCGCUGCAGCCUCCUCCGGCUCCGCCGACCAUCGUUCCGGCACCUGCACCGGCGAUACCUCCUCUAAUGCAAUCACACGUUGGCCAUAUGCCGGUUGCGCCAAUAGUUCCUUCUCCCUACCCAUCGAAUGAAACCGUUCCACCGUAUCAAUCGUCGUACCAUCCGCCGGUAAAUCAACAUCAGCAGAUGCCGCAAGCAACGCACCCAGUACCUUCCCAUGCACCAUCGUUCAAUAGUAUGAUGACGCCGGAGCCUUCAAUGGGUCUUCCGGUAGAUACCAGCAUACCCCCGCCCAACAUGAAUCCCAUCGGAGCCAAUCCGCAGCAUCAGGACCCUCCACAGCAACCGAGGCCUCUGUUCCCGCCCGCAGGACCUGGAGGACCAGGAAGUUCGCAUCCACACGCCCCGCACCAAGGCCCAGGGCCGGACAAUGUGUUCAACACGCAACCGGACGCACCCAUCAUCGAUGUGUCGCAGAUCGUUAGCCAACGGUUGAACGCAAUGCGCCGACUGCAGGAAAAUCCGACCGACUCGGAUGCAAGACAGAUGCUGUACAACACGCAAAAGGACAUGUCGACGUGGGCUUCGUCCAAGGCAAUGCCGGGACAGUUCCUUGGCUCAACCGGUGUCAACUGUCUUAGCCAGCGGGAACUGGCGGAAGGCUACCAGCCCUGGGCUACCCGCGACAUGAUGAAACAGUCGGCCCCAGUCACUGGCGGUAUGGGAAUGCAUUUGCUGCAGAAGAUGGGCUGGCAGCCGGGUGAAGGUUUGGGCAAAGAGAAAAACGGUUCCCUGCAGCCCCUGCUGCUAGACGUGAAGCUGGAUAAGCGGGGGCUCGGCGAAGGUGACAACAAACAGAGAUCCCAUCAGCCGUACCCCAUGCAAGCGCCCUUUGGUCGCCGCGAUGCUCGAUCUCGGUUUGUCAACCUCAAGAUCAACACUGACGGAAAGCAUCCGGUAUCGAUCCUGUGCGAGUACGCGACCAAGCACAAGUGGAAUGCGCCCAUGUACGAGCUGGUACACGAAAGCGGCCCAGGCCAUGCUAAGAAUUUCAUCUUUAAGGUGCUCGUGAACGGACUCGAGUAUCAGCCUGCGAUUGCAAACAACACUAAAAAGGAAGCCAAGGCAACGGCGGCAAAAUUUUGUCUCCAGCAGUUGGGUGUGAUGAUCACUUAAGAGAGGUCAUGUCAAAAAAUGGACAUAUUACAGCAAAUCAGUAUAAUGCCUGCGGAAGAACAAACAUAGUUUCGAUACUGCUCCUUUAUAUUUCUAACAUUUCUUUUGUACAUUAGAUACACUUAAACUGGGCACAGUUUAAUUAAUCGUACUACCGGCGAGUGUGUAAAUACGGCCAAGAUCGUAUUGUAAGAUCACUUUCAUCUAAUUAUUGCAGCGACUGCAAUGUUCAACUACUUUACCAAUAGUUUGCUGAGCGGUAACAGCGGUCAUCUUCAAACACGAUGCAUAAUCUCUCUUAAAUGUUGAUAGCAAAGUGAAAUAAAUUGUAAAUUUCAUUGAAGAACAAUA